GGGGCACGAGCCGCAGGGAGAUGACACCCAACAUGGAGGUCACGCUUUACGUCACCUCGCUGUGACGUCAUGUAUUUUGCAGCAGAGGACCGCUUCAGGAAAAAGGAAGAUUUUAAAAAAAAAAGCCCCGCUGUCGGAGGGCCCGCAGCGACGUGACGUGCACAGCUUCCUAAUGAUGUCACUCGUCGUGAUGAGCUCAUGGACAUGAGCAUCAGGACGUAACUAUGACAACCACCAAACGCCCGGCGCGUCACACCUUUUCCUCCUCGGUCCGUCGCAGCCUCGGGAGGACAGAGGCGGGAAGGAGGACUCCACAGGUCGCUGUGGUCCGAGGCUGAGGCCCGCUGGGAUGUCAGCUUCCAUUUCUCGUUCUAUUUCCCUCCUCCAUUGAUCACCUCGGUGUGGAAGGCGGAUCCUCUGACGUCACUUGCGUCAGCUGAGCGAAGAAAAAAAAGAAGAAGAAGAAGAGGACCGAAAGGACGGGAUAGAAAAGAGGCAGAAGAUGUUGUGAGAGAGGACGGGCGGACACGCCGCGGACACGCGCGCAGACAUGGAGGGCUCCACGGUGGAAGACCACAAACAGAAACUACUGUGGAACGUGAAGCGCGAGGUGAAGCAGAUCAUGGAGGAGGCGGUGACUAAGAAAUUUGUCCACGAGGACAGCAGCCACAUCAUCGCUCUGUGCACCGCCAUCGAGGCCUGCCUGGGUCACCUGCUCAAGAGGCGGGCGGCCGGCUUCCUGCGCAGCGACAAGAUCGCCGCCCUCUUCACCAAGGUCGGCAAAGUGUACGACACCACCGCCGACGUGUGCCGCAAAGUGCAGGAGCAGCUCCAGCAGCAGACUGAGCUCACCAGGAGAACCCAGAGCGCCGGCCACGAGCCUCUGAGGAGACAGGGCUCCUCCUCCACCACCAUCAGCAGCCGCCCCCCCCAGCCGCUCUCCGCCCAGGCCGUCAAACACAUCUGGGUCCGCACGGCGCUCUUCGAGAAGGUCCUGGACAAGAUCGUGCAGCACAUCGUGGACAACUCCAGUAAAUACUAUGAGAGGGACGCUCUGAUGCAUGACUCCGUGUUCGGCCCCAUCCUGGCGGCCCUGCUGGUGGGACCCUGCGCUCUGGAAUACACCAAACUCAAGACCUCGGACCACUUCUGGACCGACCCGUCGGCCAACGAGCUGGUUCAGCGCCACCGUAUCCACGGCGCCCACCGGGGGCAGGACGCCGCGGCCGGCCGCCGGCCCGCCCUUGGGAUCCGUAAGAGGCAGUCGAGCGUCAGCAUGUCGGAUGACCGGUUCGCUGCGUCGGCGAGAGAGUACGUGGAGUCUCUGCACCAGAACUCCAGGAGCCACCUCCUCUACGGCAAGAACAACGUGCUGGUGCAGCCGAAGAAGGACAUGGAGGUUCUGCGGGGCUACUUGUCGCUCCACCAGGCCGGCGAUAGCCUCACCCUGAAGUGGACCCCCAACCAGCUGAUCAACGGCACGCUGGGGGACUGUGACCUGGAGAAGAGUAUCUACUGGGACUACGCACUGACGGUGCCCCUGCGGCAGAUCGUCUGCAUCCACUGUCACCAACGCCCUGAUUGUGGGGGGACGCUGGUUCUGGUCAGUCAGGACGGAAUCCAGCGGCCGCCCCUCCACUUCCCCCCCGGCGGCCAUCUGCUGGCUUUCCUCUCCUGUCUGGAAACGGGCCUUUUACCGCGAGGUCAACUGGAGCCCCCCCUCUGGUCCCAGAAAGGCAAGGGGAAAGUGUUCCCUAAACUGAGGAAGAGGAGCAGCACCGCCAGGCUCCUGGACCAGGACGGCGAGGAGCAGACCGCCGCAGACUACGUCUUCCGCAUCGUCUACCCCGGCUCCCGCCAAGACGCCAAAGUCACCAUAAACUACCACCACACCACGGGCAGCCGCGCGCCGUCGCUGGACGACGACGAGGAAGAGGAAGAUAGGCUCCAUGCAAUGAUCUCAAUGAUCUGCUCGCGGAACCUCACAGACCCUAAUGUCAUGAAAGACCACGGGGAGAUGAUGGAGAUGCAAGGAUUCGGAGGCAGCCCGUCGUCGUGGCAACCGGUGGAAGGCGCCGCCCCCGAGCCGCUGUGCCUGUCCUGCUCGGCGGCCGGCAGCGACGUGUCGUUCGACUUCUCUGCCGGCUGCACCUGCGUGCACACCUCGUCCGACAUCCACACAGUUCCUCUUAAGAUGCUCUGCCAGAACAUGAAGAGGCAGAUUGUGUCCAGAGCCUUUUAUGGAUGGCUGGCCUACUGUCGUCACCUGUCCACCGUACGGACUCACCUGUCGGCUCUGGUCAACCACAACAUCGUCCCCCCGGACAGACCCUGCGAGGCCUCCGGGGGCCUCAGCAAGGAGGUGUGGAGCAAGUACCAGAAAGACUGCAAGAACUACAAGGAGCUGGAGCUGCUGCGGCUGGUUUACUACGGCGGCGUGCAGCAUGACAUCAGGAAGGAGGUGUGGCCUUUCCUGCUGGGACACUACAAGUUCGGCAUGGGCAAGAAGGACAUGAGCCAGAUCGACGGCAAGAUCGGCGAGCGCUACCAGCAGGUGAUGCGCGAGUGGAAGGCGUGCGAGGUGAUCGUCAGGCAGCGCGAGAAGGAGAUGCAGUCGGCCAUCUUCGCCAAGCUGUCGUCGGGCAGCAGCAUCGACAGUCACGUCCUGCGGCUCGUCCACCGGGACUCCACGCUCAGCAACGAGGUGUUCAUGUCCGUGGAUGAGCCGGACGCGGGGAGCCAGGAGACCCCCGGCGGAGAGGACGGCGGCCCCGCCAUGACCGCCCUGGUCCCCCCCGCCGCCCCGCCCGCGGAGGAGCGGCCGCAGGUGGAGUUUGACUCCCCCGACUCGGGCCUCCCCUCCUCCAGGAACUACUCGGUGACCUCCGCCCACUCCCAGAUCCUCUCGAGCAUCGACGACGGCCACAGCACAGAGGAGGAAGGGGGGGGCGCGGAGGAGGGGGGCGGGGGCACGCCGGGGGGCUGCGUGGGUCCUCUGACCGAGGGCAGGCUGUGCAGCCAGCUGGACAAACUGGUGACCGGCGGGGGGGCCGCGGAGGCCUCGUCCCCGUCGCUCUCCUCGUACACGAUCGAGCUGCUGGACACCGUCGCCCUGAACCUCCACCGCAUCGACAAAGACGUGCAGCGUUGCGACCGCAACUACUACUACUUCACCUCGGCCAACCUGGAGAAGCUACGCAACAUCAUGUGCAGCUACGUGUGGGAGCACCUGGAGAUGGGCUACGUCCAGGGCAUGUGUGACCUGCUGGCACCACUCAUGGUCAUCCUGGACGAUGAGUGCCUGGCGUACAGCUGCUUCACCCAGCUGAUGAAGAGGAUGAGUCACAACUUCCCCAAUGGAGGAGCCAUGGACACUCACUUCGCCAACAUGAGGUCCCUGAUCCAGAUCCUGGACUCUGAGCUGUUUGAGCUCAUGCAGCAGAAUGGAGACUACACUCACUUCUACUUCUGCUACCGCUGGUUCCUGCUGGACUUCAAGCGAGAGCUCCUGUAUGAGGACGUGUUCGCCGUGUGGGAGGUGAUCUGGGUGGCUCCCAGGAUCUCCUCGCAGCACUUCGUCCUCUUCCUGGCGUUGGCCCUGGUCACGGUUUACCGCGACAUCAUCAUGGACAACAACAUGGACUUCACCGACAUCAUCAAGUUCUUCAAUGAGAUGGCCGAGCGCCACGACGUCCAGCGCAUCCUGAAGGUAGCACGAGAGCUGCUGCACCGGGUCCAGUCUCUGAUGGACAACAAGUGACCACAGAGCAGCAGGAGGAGGCUCCCCCUCCAGAGUCCAGAGUCAGGCCCUGUGGGGGGGGGGGGGUCCACGUCUCCUCCCUGCAACGAGGGGGGGGGGGCAUCACUGCUCUGGAGCUCGAGCUGUUUACAUUUUUCUCCUCAUGGAAUGCUCGUGGUGUCCGUUCAGACAUGUGGAUUUGUCUGCAUGCUUGUGAGUUUGGUCCCACUGUCAAGACCCCCCCUCCUCCCCCACC